UUUAUGUCUCCCUUUGCAACAGACUUCUUCAUAGCCAAAUGCAGGCAGCCCCACCCUGCGUCAUGUUUUCCAUGUUUGAAACGCCAACGCGAAACUGAUAGCAUCGCCCAAAUCGUUCGGUCUUUUUGUUUGUCCGUUGGCUCGAUGAAAGCACACAUAAGGGCAGACCAAUCCAUCGAACGGAACCGCUGACUCGAAUUCCACGCUAUUGAAUCUCUAAGCAGCAACACUUCAUCAUAAAACUUGGAGCGGGCCCAAACGGCAAUGGCCACCAAAACCUUUCCUCCCCUGACUAUGAAGGCAUGGCAACACACGACCACCUCUGGCGGGCUCGAAAAGAACCUCAAACUCAACCCCUCAGCAGUACUUCCCGUCGCGAAAGGGUCCCAACACCUAGUACAAAUAAUCGCCACCGCACUAAACCCCGCCGACUACAAAAUCGCCGAGGUUGCAAUCAUGCGCCGGUUACUCUACCCAAGAGUAGCGACUCCGGGUGUCGACUUCGCUGGCUGUAUCGUUACGCCCGCAGCCGGGUCAACGUUGAAACCAGGACAGCUCAUCUACGGGCUAGUAGGGAAAAAACCCUGGACAAAUGGUGCUCUGGGAGAGUUUUCCCUCGUGGAAGCCGGAACUUCGGCGGCACUUCCGGAAGGCGUGGACCCAGUCGACGCUGCGAGUAUCGGUAUUGCUGGCGUCACGGCCUACCAAUCCAUUGUACCGCAUGUCAAGAAAGGCGAUAGUGUAUUCAUCAAUGGUGGCUCGGGCGGUUGUGGUGUGUUCGGAAUUCAGAUCGCGAAGGCGGUGGGCUGUUAUGUGGCGACUUCGUGCUCGACUGCAAAUGUGGAAUUAUGUCGAAAUCUUGGGGCAGACGAGGUUAUAGAUUACAAGAAAGGCAGCGUGGUGGAAGCUUUGAAGGCUAGUCAAGUCAAGUUCGAUCAUGUGGUUGAUAAUGUGGGGACAACUAUGGAGUUUUACUGGCAUUGUCAAGAGUUUACCAAGCCAGAGGCAGGGUAUGUGAUGGUGGGUAGCGGGCCGGGAGUAGGUUCUGCGGCUGAGAGAUUCAAGGCGAAGAGUCUUCCGGGGUUCUUGGGAGGCGGGAAGAGGAGCUAUUCUGGAUUUUGGCCAGCAGCAAAAAUUGAGGACCUGAAGCAGAUUGGGACGUGGAUGAAGGAGGGGAAGGUUAAAGCCGUGAUUGGCGAAAAGUUUCCAUUUGAGGAGGCACCGAACGCCUUUGCGAAGCUGAAGACUGGGAGGGCGAGAGGGAAGAUUGUGGUUGAUGUUGCUUCUGAGACGUAUAGGAACGAGUGGGCGAAGUAAUUUUGGGAUUUAGCAGGGAUCUCUUGGACAAAAUUAAUCUUGCCAAAGAGUUAUAAGAUUACUUGGUGAUACCUUCAAAAGAGGCAGCAAUUUGAGAAGCUUCAAAACUGUAAAGUUAGAACAAUUUGACGAGUUAAGUUUCGAGGCUGAGCCAUAAUUUAUCAUCCUUCC